AUGGAACCUCGCGGUAGGGAGCUAGAGAAAGUUGUGCAUUCCGUUAUUGCGCAAAACAUAUUUUGCACGCAUCACACGUUGGCUGUGCACGAACUAUCCGCGCUUGGAAAGAGAGGGAGUCUACCGGGACAGUCGCGUCCCCAGCGAACUUGUACGGUGAACGGACGGGGUGACGGAACGAGGACGGGGGAGAGCCCGUUGAGCGAAACUGUUGCGUUCCUCGUGCGCUCCUCAGGUGUAGGCUACGACGCAGAGGGAGAGAGUCCUAGCGCAGGGGAAGUGUCGGCAGCGUCUCCGUCACCAUGUGAUGACCACCACGAACCAGAGGUGGCGACCAGCACCGCGCAUGAGGUUAGGCGUGUUGACGCGGCAGGGGUGUCCCCAACCCCCAGCGCGCUCGCAGCCCUCAUCGAGGCAGCGCGUGCGAGGGAAACUGUAGAAGGUGUAGGGCCUAUCAAGACCGACAGUGGCGUCUGUCAUGUAAUGUGCCCGGCGCCACCACGUAGCGGCGGCGCCACCGCCGACGGUGAGUGCCGUGGGCUACGGGUAGGUGCACAGACGGGGGAUGAUGGGGGUGACGAGUUUGGUGUGUCGUUGCAACAAGGCAACGAACCGGACUACAGCAAAACCGAGGAGCCACGAGGGUGCGUCGCUGCUUCAAAGCAUCCACUGCAAAUGACCCGCGAGGAGUUCCUUGCACAGUAUAAGCGAGCACCGCGUCGUGGGGAGAUUGGAUACGAUGCGGAGAGCGUUGCUGCUGCGGAGUCCCUCGGCUACGUUAUGAGCGGCUCUCGCAACCGGGAGAAACAGCAUUAUGUUGACAGCAUCCAACAAAAACUACACGAAAAAGAGGCGCGGAAGCUUCGCUUACAGUUCCGAAAGGUGGAGGACGAGCGAAAUGACAGCGCCACUGUCGAGACACUCCUAACGCUGAUGCGGCAGAGGACUGUGGGUGAAGUAAAGAAGUUGUGA